AUGAAAAGAAAAACAUACAAAAAGGAAUAUGAAGUUGAAUCUAUUGUGGAGAGGAAAUUCGAUGAACAAACCAAAGCCUAUCUCUAUUAGAUUAAAUGGAAGGGCUAUCCACACUCAUAAAACACAUGGGAACCAAUAGAGCAUUUACAAAACCCGCAUGUCAAAAAAAUGGUCAAAGAAUUCGAUUCAACAUAAGAGUCGACUCCCUCUAAAAAACACAUUAAUUUAGAACUCCUUAAGCAAUGCCUCUUAAAGAAACUCACUGAGUUUUUAAUUAAAAAUGCGCCUUAAGAAAAUGAUUUACAGGAAAUUAUUUUAAGUGAUUUCAGCAUAUCAUCAAAUGAAAACAAUUCUAAUUUCAAAAUGCCCAAAUUCAGAGAGGAAACUAAAACUUCCAACAAGAAACCUUACUCAUAGUUCUGA